AUGCAGAAAGACACUGCCGGCGAGUUUGUGGACCUGUAUGUGCCACAGAAAUGCAUCAGGAGCAACCCCACCAUUGCUGCCAAGGACCACGCAUCCAUCCCAAUGAAUGUGGCUGAGGUUGACAGGAGCACGGGCCGGUUUAAUGGCCAAUAUAAAACCUACAGCAUCUGUGGGGCCAUGCACAGGAUGGGUGAGUCAGAUGAUUCUAUUCUCUGGUUGGGUAAGGCUGAUGGAAUUGUCUCAAAGAACUUUUAA